GUGGACUUGAUACUAUGAAGGGAUUUUUAUUUUUGAAACUUUUAAUAUGGUCGGCCUUCUGCUCUUUCCUACUACCCUAUGGCACCCCUCGUUUUCACUUUUAUAUUGGUAAAAAUAUGAAUGAACCUAUUAGCAAAGGCUUUUCAGUGCCGUAACAUCAUUUAGAUUUUUUUUUUGAGUGCUUUGUGAAACCAUCAAUGCGCAUACUCAUUAUCAUCGACAAAUUACAAAAUUGGAGGGAGACGUAAAGUUGCUCCAUCCAAACAUACUACAAAAUCUUAAAUGGUUAUGUGGAAUAGACAAUAUUUUUUUGAUACUGAACCUCUUACAAUUUAUCUUUAAUUUUAUUAAUCUCUUGUGUUAAAUGAUGUAUAUAUUUCAAAAGUAGAUUUUUAAGUUCUGUACUAACAUUAAGUAUUACUUUCUUUUAUUUACUAAUAUAUUUUUCAUUUAUUUCAUUUUUUGAAAAUGAGUUUAUGGGUUGAUAAAUACCGUCCGAUAUCUCUAGGAAAAUUGGACUAUCAUGUUAAUCAAGCAGAACAGUUAAAAAAUAUGAUCCAAAAAAGUGAUUUUCCUCAUUUGCUAGUUCAUGGACCACCUGGUGCUGGAAAGAAAACUCGAGUCAUGGCUAUUAUACGCGAACUUUAUGGUCCUGGCGUUGAAAGACUUCGGAUGGAAUCGAUGCAAUUUGAGACGCCAUCAAAGAAAAAACUUGAAUUAAUGACAACUAGUAGUAAUUAUCACAUUGAAAUAAAUCCUAGUGAUGUUGGAAUUUACGAUAGAAGUGUUAUUAUGGACUUGGUAAAAACCACAGCUCAGACCCAUCAAAUUGACAUUAAUGGUCAACGCGAUUUCAAAGUUAUUCUUUUGACAAAUGUCGAUCACUUAACGAAAGAUGCUCAACAUGCGCUCCGACGAACUAUGGAAAAAUAUAUAACAACUUGCCGAUUAAUUUUAUGUGCUAAUUCAAUAUCUAGAGUGUUACCAGCAAUUAGAUCACGUUGUCUAGAAAUCCGUGUACCCGCACCUUCAAUCGAUGAAACAAAAUCAAUACUUAUUUCUAUAGCAAAAAAAGAAAAUUUGAAUUUACCAAAUGAAUUUGCACAAAAAAUAGCAGAAGCCAGUGGACGGAAUUUACGACGAGCUAUACUAAUGUUUGAAACAUGUAAAGUCGAAUCAUAUCCAUUUACUGUAGAUCAACAAAUAACCCAACCGGACUGGCAAGUAUUUAUCACUAAAACUGCUGCAUUAAUGGUGGCAGAGCAAACUCCAAAAAAACUUUUAGACAUUCGGAGUAGGCUGUAUGAGUUAUUAACUCAUGCUAUUCCAUGUGAUUUAAUAUUUAAAGGACUUCUUCAGGAAUGUAUAAGAAAUUGUGAUUUACAACUAAAGUCUGAAAUAGUUUCAAUUGCUGCUGAAUACGAGUACAGAAUGUGUCGUGGUUCGAAAGCAAUAUUUCAUCUUGAAGCAUUUGUCGCAAAAUUUAUGGCCAUUUAUGAAAAAUUCAUGAAUAUGACUAUGGAUGAUUUUGAAUAAGUAAAUAUAAAAGAAUUUUUGGUAUUAUCAAUAAAAAUUUAAUAUUAA